AUGAUGGACACCUACCAUGGCCACGUACGAACGCCGGCAGAUGCAAUCAAGCUAUUUGAAGCUUGCCGCCUCGGCCUAUUACCUAGAGUACAACGAAGACUCUCGGAAAAGGAAAGACAGUCAAUCAAGUCAGGAUCGGUUUUCGUAUGGGAUGAGAGAGAAGCAGGAAUGAGAAGAUGGACGGACGGAAAGUCAUGGAGUGCUAGCAGAGUAUCCGGAAGCUUCUUGACAUACCGGGAGAUGGAGGGAAAGAGAGGAGGAGGCUCUUUUGCACAAACCCCAGUUCGACGCAGCACGGGAAAAACACCAGAUAGUGGAAGAGGCAGUGAUGAGGAUCAGGAUAUGGACGGAGAGGGACCAGAUGGAUAUCGAUACAAGCCGGAUGGUCUCAUGAAGCAAUCCUUCAGCAUCACCACAUCCACCGGGCAACAUCUGCAUUUAAUUAGUUACUACUCUCGACCUCACCCAAGUAUUCCUGAGCUUCAACAACCAACUGCCGAUCCAGCACUCAGACAUAUCGUUCCCGUCAAGGGCAUGUAUCCAGAAUCAACUGUAAGUGAAGCUCAAGGACCACCAGUUACCAGAGCCCCAAUGCAGCAACACAGCCCAUACAUGCAACAACAGCAUCCUCAACACCUCCAGGUUUCUCCGGGGCACAGAGGACCAGCAUACGCCUAUCAAGUCGCACCAGGUUAUGCUGCAUGGCCGCCAUCGCCAAUUUCUACACCACCAUACCCACAAUAUCCAGGUCAGAUGUAUGGUUCGGCUCUUCCACCUCCAGGAUCCGCUCAUACCUCACCAUACCAACAACACCAACAGCACAGCCCUUAUCACCCUAACGGCAUACCACACCAUCCUCAUCAACAGACAGGAUAUGAUAGGCCGCCCCCACACGUUUCAGAUCCUUCCCUUCCUCACCCAACCCAACAUAGACCAAUGAGUACGGCAACUGCACAAAACACAUUGCCCCAAAAUCUAAUUCCCAUGUACGCACCUAGUCGAAGCCCUCGUGCCGAUCCGGCUGCCAUGGCUGCGCAACAACAAAUUGCCCAAGGUGCAUUGCAAGCUGUCAGGAUGAUUGAUCCUCGCAUCACUGUUGACCUCCCACCCGUUCAACUCAACGGUAACGGUAACGGUCCAGCAAGAACAUCUACUCCUCCACAUACCAAACCCGCUUCACAGGUCAAUACCCCAACAUCAAUGGGUGACAGAUCUCCCAAAUCGGCUGGCUCACCAAAACUUAAUGGUGCCAAUGGUCUCAGCACAUCGCAAGCCCAGAGCAUUCCUAGUAUCUCACACCUGGUUCACGCCACUGAUUCCCCCAGUGUGCUAUCUGACAACAAGAGUAACAGCAGCCGUGCUGGGAGCAAAAGCCCUCCUCGUGAAGGCGGGGACAAUCAGAAACCCAAGGAUAUUCCACACGACAAAUUAAAUAUCAUCGGUGAGGAUCAACGAGCAAUUCGUGUACUUGACCGAAAGUUCUGCAUCUAA